CCACACGCGAGGGCGAGGCGGUAACGCACGGUUUUCACGCGCAGGAGUGGGAGAGAUGACAUAGCGGUCAGCGAUUCAGCGCGCAGCUGAUGUAGUCUCGGGGACGGGCAGAGCAGUGCACACACGCGGCUCUCACAGGUUGAUUUGGACAUUACGUCGCAUCUCUCUCCGUCUCCUCCUUCAAACUGACGUCUAUCCCGCGGUGGGCGCAAACUACUUCUCCAUUUCUCCCCCUUGUUCAAAGCUCUGCCUCGGGCUGUACCGGUAAGCAUUGGAUCCCUCAGCGUACUGCGAAACUCCGGUGUACAGCCCGGACCUCUGCCCAAAUAUGAUAGCGACGCAGGCCAAGCUAGUUUACCAGCUGAACAAGUAUUACAACGAAAGAUGCCAGACGCGCAAAGCUGCCAUCGCCAAGACGAUCCGCGAAGUGUGCAAGGUGGUGUCCGAUGUCCUGAAGGAGGUCGAGGUUCAAGAGCCUCGUUUCAUCAGCUCUCUGAGCGAGAUAGAAGCGCGAUAUGAAGGCAUGGAAGUAAUUUCUCCCAACGAAUUCGAAGUGGUACUUUACCUCAACCAGAUGGGAGUCUUCAACUUUGUGGACGACGGCUCCCUGCCUGGCUGCGCGGUGCUGAAACUCAGCGACGGCCGCAAACGAAGCAUGUCGCUCUGGGUCGAGUUCAUCACCGCCUCGGGAUACCUCUCGGCCCGGAAAAUCCGCUCCCGGUUCCAAACUCUCGUGGCCCAGGCCGUGGACAAAUGCAGCUACCGCGACGUGGUUAAGAUGGUGGCGGACACAAGUGAAGUGAAGCUGCGCAUUCGGGAGAGGUACGUGGUGCAGAUUACGCCCGCGUUCAAGUGUACGGGGAUCUGGCCUAGAAGCGCAGCACAGUGGCCCAUGCCGCACAUACCCUGGCCCGGCCCGAACCGCGUGGCAGAGGUAAAGGCCGAGGGCUUUAACCUCCUUUCUAAAGAGUGUUACUCACUAACUGGAAAACAGAGCUCGGCAGAGAGCGACGCCUGGGUCUUGCAGUUCGCCGAAGCCGAAAACAGACUCCUGAUGUCGGGCUGCCGAAAGAAAUGUCUGUCCAUUCUUAAGACUCUGCGUGACCGUCACCUCGAGCUGCCGGGACAGCCACUUAACAACUACCACAUGAAAACCCUCUUACUGUACGAGUGUGAGAAACACCCGAGAGAGACCGACUGGGACGAAUCCUGUCUCGGGGACCGACUGAACGGUAUUUUGCUGCAGCUCAUCUCGUGCCUGCAGUGUCGCCGAUGCCCACAUUACUUCUUACCAAAUUUGGAUCUGUUUCAAGGAAAGCCGCACUCGGCUCUGGAGGCUGCGGCCAAACAGACGUGGAGACUGGCUAGGGAAAUCCUUACAAACGCGAAAAGUUUGGACAAAUUGUAAAAAUGCACGAUGAGACCGUGGACAUGUUUUGACUCGCAGCGUCAUUCGGUUUUAAAAUCGCAUCACUUAAAGUGGAGACUGCGGUUCUCUAAAGCAACGAGACAAAGACGGAACAAAACACAAACGCAAAACCUUUGCCAAGACGCAAACGGGACAUUUUGCCAGAGAGAAAAAUGAAGGUACCUUUUAACAUAAUGUAAUGACUUUCUUGUUUGUUCUAAUUGUUUCACAAAGUGAAAAGAUUAUUUAAAUACAUGCAGAAUAUCAUUAAUUGCAAAAUUAAAAAUGUAGCGUGCCAAGUUUAACUUUUCCAUUAUGUGACCCAAAAACGAAAUGUUAAUAAAAUCGAAAGAAAAUAAA